GAGUUAUUUGGUCAUCAGUCGCGGGUUGCCCGACAAGAGGCCAUGAGGGUUCUGAUGAACAUGACCAUGCGCGAGGGCACUCCCGUAAGGGAACAUGUUCUUGCUAUGAUGGCCCAGCUGAAUGAGCUGGAGGUUCUUGGGGCUUUUAUUGACUGGGAAACACAGGUCGAUAUAGUGCUCCAAUCUUUGUCGAAGAGCUUCAAACAAUUCCGGUUGAAUUACAACAUGAAUAAGAUGUUGAUGACUCUUCCGGAACUUGUUGCUGAACUUCAGUCGGCAGAGGGCCUGUUUCGUCACAAGAACCAAGCUAUGGUGGCCCAGCAGGGAGAAGCUUCCACUUCUAAGGCUCUUAAGGGCAAGAAGAUGAAGAAGUCUACAGGAAAGGGCAAGGCGGUCAUGAGUGACGCGCAACAUCGACAAAAAGCGAAGAAGCCAAAAGGCAAGUGCUACAAUUGUCAGCAGAAAAGACACUGGAAGGCAAAUUGCCCUCUCCCCAGGAAAUCCGACAAAGGUACACCUUUUGCUUUAGUCGUUGAAACAUGUUUAGCGGUGUUAUCUACCAAUACCUGGUGUGUAGAUACAGGGGCCACUGAUCAUGUCUGCAAUUCAUUGCAGGGGUUCCAAAACCAAGCGACUUUGGGAAGGAGAAGUUACCAUCUACUUGGGCAAUGCUA